CACAGUCGUCAGCUCGAAUCUUAAAGAAGACCCCCCCCUUAUAAAGCGCAUUCAGCUUGCUUUGCUCCAUGGCUAGGUAGGGGUCGGCCCUGUCGCCCUAUCGCCAGAAUCUCUUCGACGAGCACGGCGGCCACCCGCAGCCGGCGACACAUGAUCGCAUCACCUGUAACAAAAGGGAAGAAAAGAGACACACAUCAAAGACAAGAUGGGUGACGCACUAGCCGGUAUCAAAAUACUCGUCAUCCCCGCCGUCAUCUCGCUCAUCCUCUUCCUCCUCCUCACUUUCGUCGUCGUGCCCUGCUGGCGCCGCUACCGCGCCCGAUACAGCCAGUAUCUGCCCAUCGACGCAAUAUCAGAGCACACGACCUCCUGGCGCUACCGCAUCACCAACCGCAUCGUCCGCAUCGCCAGCCUCCCCUUCCGAUGGCGGCGAGAUAGGGAUAUCGCCAUGGCCGGCGGCAUUCCAGAUCGCGACCUCGAGGAGGGCGAGGAGCUGGAGGACAUUGACGAGGACAUUGCCCAGGUGCUCGAUGCCCUGGCCCGGUCCAGGCGGCCGGACAACGAGAGACGCCUAAGCCGGGAGCUAGAAGAGGGAUUUAUAGACGACAGCAGCGAUUCAGACUCGGAUUAACACGAAAGCCUGCUGAAGAGAAGGAUAAAAGAGAAGCGCAAGGGAAACAUGUCAUUAUAAUACAUCUAGAGAUAUCACGCCAUCUUCUGGCAAUCAAGGGGGUUUACCUGCUCCAAAGGCAUAAUCAAAGGCCAAAAAGGCCACACAAUCAACAGGGCAUUACUAGCGACUCAUCAAAUACGGCCUCGUACCGAGUGUGCUUCAAGGGUAAAGACAUACGAGUAGCCUUACAUACUAUCCGCCUGACGUUGCGACACUGAGUACAAGUUGGCGCCAAAUGCGAUUGGCGAUUCAGCACAGUUGGAUAAUAGCCGCUUCCUUGUAUUUCUAUUAGAUAUGUAUAACACCAUCUAUCGACUUUAUAGAAAAGACCUGCUUAUGCUGUCCCACA